GUGGUCUGAAAGCAGCCCUGGCUGCUGGACUGGCGUGCUGGCUGGACGAGUCUGGACUCUCACGCAGUCUGAGGAACAUCUGUGGUACACCUUGCAUGAGGAGGAGAAGGAGGAUGGGGAUGGGUUGACUCCUUCUCAGAUCCUCCAGGACUAUUUCCAGCUACACGUCAACGUGUCUGCCUUAUACCAGGGUUGGUCUUACGUUGACUCACAUUUCCGGGAAGUAGGUGUUAAAUUCCCAGGCGUCCGGGUGCUGCGGCAGGACCCGGUGGAGUGCCUCUUCUCCUUUAUCUGCACCUCCAACAACCAUUUGUCCCGCAUCACCAACAUGAUUCAACAUCUGUGCCAGGCCUUUGGGCGCCGCCUCUGCCAGCUGGAUACCAAGACCUAUCAUGCCUUCCCCUCACUGCAAGCCAUGGCAGACCGUCCUGCUACACCUCGGACUCCUCCUCCGCUUCCUGUCCUGGCCCCAAAAGAACGCUUCAGUGGCA